AUGAACAUCUCGCCACGGAAGUUAGACUGCUCCCAGCCCACCCAGCUGAGGGAGGAGGAUGAGGAGGAGAAGGAGGCAGCAGCAUGGCAUCAGGAGGAGGUGGCGAGGACGGGGGAGAGGGAGAGCGCAGCGACGGGCAGGAGUCACCAGGGGGCGCCAGCAAGCAGCACGAUUGAGAUCAAGGGGGAGAGAAGAGAGGAGAGGAAGAUUGAGUAUAGAAAACCACAGAGGGAGGGGCACCUGGAACUAACUGUACAUGUCUACAGUGACUGUGUAACAGACAAGAUGACUCACCAUUGUACCAAGUUUUCCGGCCACUGGAAGAUCAUCGUGUACGACGAGGAGUGCUUCCAGGGUCGCCACCAUGAGUUCACCUCCGAGUGCUGCAACGUGAUGGAGUUCGGCUUUGAGAGUGUCCGUUCCCUCAAGGUUGAGAGUGGAGCCUGGGUGGGCUACGAGCAUUCCUUCUACCAGGGACAGCAGUUUGUGCUGGAGAGGGGAGAGUACCCCCAGUGCGAUGCCUUCGGUGGCAGCAAUGCCUACCACAUCGAGAGGAUGACCUCCUUCAGGCCCAUUGCCUGCGCUAACCACAGAGAGUGCCGCAUGACCAUCUUUGAGCGCGAGAACUUCCUCGGCCGCAAGGGCGAGCUGAGUGACGACUACCCCUCCCUGCAGGCCAUGGGCUGGUGCAACAGCGAAGUGGGCUCUAUGCGCGUCCAGUCCGGAGCUUUCGUGUGCUACCAGUACCCUGGGUACCGUGGCUACCAGUACGUCAUGGAGUGCGAUCGCCACUGUGGAGAGUACAAGCGCUGGUGGGAGUACGGCAACACCCCCCACACCUGCCAGAUCCAGUCCAUCCGCCGCAUCCAGCAGUAACCUCGCCCUGGCCUUGGCCUAACCCCCCCCACCCCGACCCGACUCUUCUUCCACUC